CAGAUGACAUUUUAAUACAUAGUAAUAGCUAGGAACGUGUGGAGGAACAUCUAGAAAGGUUGGUUUGCUCUAGAGAGGAGAGGAAUGAAGGUCAGCUCUGACGAGACAGAGUAUCUGUGUGUCAAUGAGAAGAACUCAAGUUAAACGGUGAGGUUGCAGGAAGCAGGGGUGAAAAACGUGGAGAACUUAAGAACUUAAGGUCAACAAUCCAGAACUACAGUGUGUAUGUGAAGCUGUGUGCUAGCUGGUUUGAACGGGUGGGGGGACAAAGAUGAUGUUGGUAACUACCAGGAAAGAAGCCUAAGUAAUAUAGAAAAUAGGAAAUUUUAGAAUGUAGUAGGGAAGGAUAUAAAGGUGUGAGUGAGGAGGAUACAGAGGAUGGUUAGUUGGGCAUGUAGUUGUAGUGACCCUGAAAGAGAGCAGUCUGUUUAUCAAACUUCAUUGAAAUUGUCACGUCAGCUGUUCUGCUGAAUUCCUUUUUGUCCUCAGCUGCAGCUCCAUGUUCUCUGUGGUGCUGGAGCGGAAACUCCAUCCGGAGCAGGAGAAGUCGGAGGAGUCGGAUGUCUGCCGCAGCAGACUGCAGCUGUUCCACCUGGCAGGAGGAGCCAGCAGGACUGACCUCAGAGGAGUGAACCCCCUGGUGAAGGCUCUGGACCAAAUCCAAUCUGCUGAAACAGCCGAUGAUAACCUCCUACUUUUUCUCCUUAAAGAGGCUUUAACAGGAAAUAACCGAACCUUUCUAAUUUACUACAUUAAUCCAGCAGCAGGUCUUCUGGACGAUGAAACCCCCGCUGCUUUGGAUUUGGCGCAGAAAACCAGCAGACUGGUAACUAAAAGCACCGCAGGACGCUGGAGUCCUAAAGCAGCUGAGCGGGAGAUUCGUGAGCAGAUCUUUGAUCUCCAAAACACGAUUCUGUCACGGGGAGAGGGUGAAGUUUCCAACACUUACAAGCUGGCUGAGCUGACUCAAAUCCUACAGGCGGUUAAAAAUCAAUCAUGGGAAAAAAGGAAAGAAGAAUCUGAGAGGAUUAAAGCCCAAAUCAAGUGCUGUAACUCCUCAAAUCAGUUGUUGUCUAAAGGUCAUCCCACUGACCACGCAGAGAUCACACAAACAGUGAGACUUCUUCAAGACAAGCUGAGACAGGAAAUGGAGGAACAUAUCAAAGAUGGGAAAGGAAGCAUGGAGGAGAUCCAGGAGAGAGUGACGAGAAUGAAGCAGCUGAAGGAGACUCUCAGAGAGGAGACGCUGAGGAAGGAAACUGCAGGAGCAAAAACUCACCUCUCUGCACAAUCUCAGUUGGAAUACAACGAAGCGCAGCAGCGGAGGAGGCAACUUAAGGAGGAUCAUGGGAGAUUAAUUCAGGAGGAGGUGGAGAAGAUGGAAAGAGACUUGGCACAAGAGCGACUACCGCAGCAGGAGAGUCCUAAAAGAGAGCUGCAGGUUCUGAGCAGGGAGAGGCAGGUUCUGGUGCUGCAGAUAGAGGCCCUGCGUGCUGAGGCCCAGCAGGCUGAGAGAGACCUGGAGGAUCAACAUGGCCGACACCAAACAGAGCUGCAGUGUCUGAAGGAGGAGAGCCUGCAGGUGUUUCGAGUGUUCCGUCAGGUGUGUGAGGAGCAGAGGAAGCUUUCAGAGAGCAGGUACAGAGGUGUGCUGCUAGAAGCCGUGCAGGACGCUGUUUAUUUGUCUGCUCAAAACCAGCAGCUGCAAGCUGACAACCAACACCUCCGUAAAGCACUAGGAGAGAUAAAAGAUGCUUUAGCUGUGAGAGGAGAUCCUGUAAUUCAUGAAACUUCCCAGCAACAAUGACUGAUGUGCUCUGAGGAAUCUGCUGGUCUGAUGACGCUGAAUAAAUAAACUGUUGACAAUUUAUU